GCCAUCCUCACAAAUGGUUAACCUGCCGGGAGCUGCACAGCACUAAUGACUUCACAUGCAUUUAAUCAGCUUGGGCUUCCAGAGCCUCCUCCUCCUCAGGAGCAGGAAAGGCCGUGUACCCCGGGUGCAAAUGCUGCCAAAGCCGCACCCCCCCCUUACCAAUCAUUAAUCACCCCUGGGCCAGCAACAUGAGCAAGUGGCAAGCAAGCAGGAAAGGGCCAAGUCCCCGCAGCUCCUGCAGGAACAGUGAGAAGCGGUGCUGACCGGUUCCCUGUGGUGGCAGCUUGCUCUUCGACCACCCUCCCUUGGGAGGCCUCGUUGGAGGUGACCAGUCCUGCAGGCACUUCUCUUUCCUUCAGGAAGGUCACUUGGUCCUGGGCGCAGGAGGCUUUGCCUGUGGCUGGGAGACACUGGGCUACGUAUGAGACAGGAGAUUUGAAGAGGGAGCUUCUGCCUUGUCAGCAUCACAGUCUUCAUCUCUUCACCAUGCAGCACAAGGCACUUUGGAGUGCCCUGGAGUACACUUGUCGGUUGCUGGGCAUCUCCACCGCAGCAGUGCUGAUCGGUGUGGGAGUAGAAACUCUGCAGCGAGGACAGUUCAAAAGCCUGGCUUUCUAUCUGCUUUUUUCAGGGGUUGCAGUUACUGUCUGUGAAGGCUUCUUCUUUAUCAGUUUGUUCCUGGAGAUGUGUUUCACAUAUGAGCCUGACUCCCUGGCACAGACCUGCUGGAAGCAAGCUAGAUGCCCAGGGAGCUUCCAGAAAUUCCUGGGGUACACUCUACUCUCAGUGGCUUGCUUCCUGCAUCCUGUCCUUGUCUGGCAUGUCACCAUCCCUGGGUCCAUGCUGGUGCUCACUGCCCUGGCCUACUUCUUGCUGAGCAAGAGGAGGAAGAGCCCAGGACACAAAGAAACACAUCCCCAGGUGGGCCAGUACGUGGACCCUUUAGCCACCAUGGCAGCCCCAACCAUCGCUGGUGACACUGAGCAGACCUACACCUUCCGUGCAGCCCAGAGGGAGCAGCAUCGCUCACUGCUGGGCCACAUGAAGAGCAUCAUGAAGGGCAGCAAGAACAGGAGCCCAGCCCCAGCAGCUCCUGCCGAACUAGUGGCCCCACCAGCCCCACGCAAGCAAGUGCACUUCCAGGAGAAGGUGGUUCAGAUCAUCCCCUCUGUCAGCGAGAGCUUGGAGGAUGUGGAGAGCGAGGCUGAAGAGACCACAUCGGACACAACACCCAUCCUCAUGCCACCUGAUGCCCCCGUCAUCCUCACACCUCUCAGUUCCACUGGCCUCUUUUGAGCCCUCAGCAGGAACAAGGACAGGGCAGACUUGCUACCCCUGCCACUGGCAUCUCUCCCUGACACUCUAGCAGCCCAGGAGGUGCCCCUCCUUGCCCUCCCUGCCUCCAGGGUGACAACUGUGUCAUCUCCAUUUCAAGGAGCUGCCCACACUACUACAUGGUCCCACACCUUGUGACAGGGACAAUGGCGGUCCCCAGCUCCUGCAGUGCCGUGCCCAGGGUACAGGUGGUUUUUCAGCCGUGGCCUCAUGUGUGGGUCAUCCCUCUGUUAUGACACUACACAUCACUGUAGCUGCUCCUGCCUAACAUCACAACUGCAGUUUGUGCCUCCCAGGAGGAAGCUGCAGUCAGGAGGAGGUGGGGACCACCAUCCACCCUGAGCAGCCUUUGCUACAGGCAGUUGUCUCCCUCCUGCCCUUGCUGUGCAUGGAAGUGCUCACAGCUGGGACAGACACAUCUAGUCCAUGGCACUGCAGCCUGCAGGUUCCCUCUCAGCAUCUGCACUGCCAGCAGCAGUCCCAGAGCAUCCAAAAUGUCAUUCUGGAGGUGUGCUGAGACCAAGCACACCCCUGGGGAUAGCACCUGAUAAGUGCCCUCUCCUGAGACAUGCUUCAAGCCCAGCAGGGAAAUGACCUCUGACCAUGGGGAGACCUAUGCAGGAGCAGGGAGGAGCCUGGGGCUUCCUAAUGUUCCCUGCCUGGACAGCCCUCUUGAGCUGAUACGGCUUUGGGAUGAUAUAGCAGCUCAGGUCAUGAGAUUCAGCACCGAGUCGGCACAGAAGACCUUGUAUAACUCCCUAUGUGCGUUAAUUAUAGGCCCCAGAGGGCAAAGGCAAUAAUAAAGUUACAAUGUUGUCCAUGUUGUUCCACCAGUCCCCUCCAUGACAGCUCUUCCCUGAAACCUUCACCUCUGGCUUAAUACUAUUGUAUAUUCUGCCCUUUGAGGGCCGUUCACCUAUAACCAGGCAUUUUUCUUCUACACAACUCAUCCCCUUGGCUCUCACCUGCCUGAGGACUAAGACUUUCUGCUUCCAGAUGGCAAAUGCCAUCUGUGCCUGCAGAUACCAUCACGAAGACCUGUCACAUCAGCAUCAGGCAACUCUUCUGCUGCCCAUGGGAAAGCACUCAGGUGACUGUUUUUUUUCAGACAUGGGCCAUGAGGCCACGCUGUCACUGCUGCUGGGAUAAAGAGUUGUAACUGCUCUGAGUCCAGACACAAAGCUUUGGGGUAAGAUGCUGAUAAGGAGAGAAGUUCCCUGUGAGACCUUGCUUAGACUAUUUUUAAGGCAGAAGUCAGUGAGGCUGGCUGUUUUCCUUGGAAAUACAUUAGUUCUUCUUUUCAAAACCUCAGCUCUCUGAGUCAGAAUUAACAUGUUCAUUCAAGAAAACGAUGUAGUUUGAAGUGUGAAAAUCUGAAGUGUAAGUGUUCUAAUAUCAGAAAGAGACUGAGAUAAGAACAUAAUGCUACUUUUAAAUUAAAUCUUUCAAAGUGACUCCUGAUUUGGGAGAUGGAUGGGGAAGAAGUAACAAGAUACUGACUCACAAUAUUUGGUAGCCUGUAUUUCAUAAUGAAACUCUCUCCACAAAAGCAAUUUAUGAAUGGUUGCACACACUUGUCAUUCCUACAACCAGACAUGAACCAAAAGCUUUUUGUUGCAUCACCAACAUUUAAAAUGAUAGCUGGUAUCAAUCUGCUCUAAACACAAUACACCUAUCAGAGACCUUCUCCUUCUGGCUGCACAAAUUAACUCUCCACCCCAUACUUGCAUGCUAGGGAACAGUCAUACACACAUCUGCCUUUAGGGACAUUUCACACAGAAAAUUGUGCCCAUCUAUAGCCUAACACUGCAUGACUGUAGCAGCAAGCCCAGGAUCCAUCCACAGCUCUACCUUCAAUCUUGUGUAUUCAUCACAUUAAGAAAGAAAAAUAAAGCUAUUUUCUCCUCAAA